ACACUAGGCUCCAGAUCAAAUGACGAACGACUCACCUGUGGAACGGUUUCAGGUCCGAGCUUCACGAGUGAAGGUCCUUAGUGGAAAGACCUGGAUGAGUCCUAUUUUGACUAAACGACGCUUCUAAUUUGUAUUCAAAGUCGGACUAGGCUAUUUUACAUUUUUGCCAGUGGCUUUUGGCAGCAUCUGGGAGCAGUAAUACCACAGAACAGGAAACCCUGCAAGACCCUUCAAAAGAAAUGGUGGCAAUGACUUCGUGCCACUAGGGGGAGUGACCAGCAUAACAUCCAAUGGGACCUGAGAACGAUCCAGCUCUGAUGCACAUGAUGAUCGCCACACCUCCCAGUAUACCAGGGUCCCCCAUGCCAGUGGGUCGCUGUGUGCCCUGCCCAGCUCCUCCACCCUGCUCUCCCUGCCCAUCUCCUCCUCCUCCCGAUGGUGGGGUGAAAUUCAGGAGGCCCCCAACGUUGUCUCCAGGGCAGAUGGACACCCUACGCAGACAUAGUUGGCAACCUGGAGCUGUGUUGCUGGCCAAUAUGCCAUGGGAUCAGCGCAGCCUGAGUAUGGAGAAUCUGGACCCCGUGGACAUGGAAAGGCUGUUGUUUGGGGCUCUGGGGGGGCGGGACCCCCGUCGGGCCCCUAUCACCCACUACACCCAGGUCGAGUCCCUCUUGUCACUCACUGAGGAGGAGGCAGGCUCACAGCCACAGAUCUUCCCUCUAUUGGAGGAGCAGGCGUCUCAGAUGCAGAGUUGCAGUGCAUCGGCCCCUGCCCUCUGUGUGUCUCCCAGCAAGCAGAUGCCUCCUCAAUACCAUGUGUCAGGCUCCUCUCUCCGAUCGGCGUUUGGAGGGUCUACACAGAGUGUGGAUGCAGACAGUGAGCUGGGUUCUGUGUUGUGGGGGAGAGAGGGGAGAACGGAGGGCCAAGACGGGCUCAGGGAGGAGAGGGGGGACAAGACCGGGAGCCCCCUGGGCCGAACACUCAGCUUCCUGCGCAAGAUGGCCGGGAAUCGCAAGAACAAAGAGAAGGAGCGCAUGAAGGAGCGCGAGAAGGAGGCGCGCGAGAGGGAGGCGCGCUACAGCAAUGGCCACCUCUUCACCUCCCUCACCGUGUCGGCCACCACACUCUGCUCCGCCUGCAACAAGAGCAUCACCGCCAAGGAGGCACUCAGCUGUCCCACCUGCAAUGUCACCAUCCACAACCGCUGCCGAGACACACUGCCCAACUGUGCCAAAAUGAAACAAAAGCAACAGAAGUUGGCCCUGGUGCGCAACAGCUCAGCCCUCCAGAACGUCGCCAUGCGCUCUAAAACACCCAUGAUGAAGGAGAGGCCCAACUCGGCCAUCUACCCCUCAGACAGCCUGAGGCAGUCGCUGCUGGGAGCACGGCGGGUCCGCUCCGGACUCUCUGGACUCUCCAAGAGCGUCUCCACCAAUAAUAUUGCAGGGAACUUGAACGAUGACUCCCCUCUGGGUUUGCGGCGGAUCCUGUCUCAGUCCACAGACUCUCUGAACUUCAGGAACAGAGCCAUGUCCAUGGAGUCCUUAAAUGAUGAGGGUGAGACGUACUACGCCUCUGUGCUGGAGGAGCUGGAGAAGGAUGGAAAGGACUUCGAGGCGGACUCCUGGAGCAUGGCCGUCGACUCCUCCUACCUGCAGACACACCGCAAAGACGUCAUCAAGCGGCAGGACGUCAUCUAUGAGCUGAUCCAGACGGAGCUGCACCACGUGCGGACGUUGCGGAUCAUGGAGGUGUUCCGGCGGGGCAUGCUGGAGGAGCUGAUGGUGGAGCCGGGCGUGGCGCACGCCAUCUUCCCCUGCCUGGACCGGCUGCUGGAGCUGCACGCGCGCUUCCUCGGCCAGCUGCUCAUGAGGAAGAACCACAGCCUGGCGCCCGGCAGCAGCACCAACUUCACCAUCCACCAGCUGGGCGACGUGCUGGUGGAACAGUUCUCAGGCCAGUAUGCUGAUGAAAUGAGGAAGUGCUACGCAGAGUUCUGCAGCCGCCACUUAAAGGCCGUCAAGCUCUACAAGGAGCUCCUGGCCAGAGACAAGAGGUUCCAGCAGUUCAUACGGCGGGUGAGCAGGGGACCCCUGUUGCGUCGCCAUGGUGUCCAAGAAUGUACCCUGCUGGUCACACAGCGCAUCACCAAGUACCCAGUCCUCAUUCAGCGUAUCCUAGACAACACGAAAGGCAGUGAGGAGGAGGCCGAGUCUAUGGCCCAGGCGCUGACCCUGCUGCGGGAGCUGCUGAGCUCGGUUGACCAUCAGGUGCAGGAGCUGGAGCACACGCAGCGGCUGCAGGAGAUCCGCGCCCGGCUAGACCCGCGCGCCGAGGCCGAGGUGCGCGGCGGUGGCGUGUUCCGUGGCGGCGAGCUGCUCCGACGCAGGCUCGUGCACGAGGGCACGUUGCUGUGGAAGACUGCCAACUCGCGCCUCAAAGACGUUCAGGUCCUGUUGAUGACGGACAUCCUGGUGUUCAUGCAAGAAAAAGACCAGAAGUACUUCUUCCCCGGUCUGGAUAAGCCUGCGGUGCUGUCACUGCAAAAUCUGAUCGUGAGGGACAUAGCCAAUCAGGAGCGAGGCAUGUUUCUCAUCAGCGACUCCACGCCCCCAGACAUGUACGAACUGCACGCUGCCUCCAAAGAUGACAGGAACAACUGGAUGCGUGUCAUCCAGCAGACCGUCAGCUGCUGUCCAUCCAGAGAGGACUUCCCCCUCAUUGAGACGGAGGACAAGGCCUUACUCCGCCGGCUUAGAGCUGACAUCCAGCAGAAGGACCGUGAGGUCCUGGAGCUUCUGCAGGAGCGGGUGACCCUGUUCUCUGACCUGGCUGAGGUCACCAGCAGCCAAGAGGUCACGCUCCCCAACAACAGCAGGAAUCUCUUCAGGGCGGACACGCCCCACGCACCGCAGGCUGAAAAAAUCCUCACCGAAGCCAUCGCCGAAGUCGAUAGAUUGAGUGAGUUGCUGCUAGGCUCUACCAUUGAGCUCCCUCACUCAAGCAGUUCCAAUGGUGACCAGAACUACACGGGGGCACCAGUGAGCAAUGGAGAUACAAUUUCAGUCAAUGGCACACAUGAUGUGAACAGCGCACCAUUGAAGCAGCAGGACAGAAAUGGAAACCAGCUGCACAACAGGACACCCAAUGAGGAGGUAUGCCAAAGACUGGUAAACUUAAGCACUCAGCUCCAUGCACUACAGGCUGCAGUCGUCCGACAGGACUCCAUCUUGGAGCUCUGCUCUCGUGAAGGCUCCAUGCCCGGCUCCACCCCGACCACCCCGGUGCCCCUGCCCGGCGGCCCGCCCUCGCGGCUCAGCCGCUCCAUGUCUCGCGACACAGGCAUGGACGCGGGCAGCCCCGGGUCCGUGUCAGGCUCCAGCAGCGGUGGCGGAUCUGGCGCCGACUUCGCCCUACUCCAGAGGCAGAACAGCCUGCUGCAGGAGGAGUUGGGCAGGCUACGCUCGACUGAAGCCAGGCUGAAGGACAGCGAGAAGGCCCGCUCCGAGCUGGAGCAGAAGCUGCGCGACUCGCAGGGAGGGAGUGGGGACGCCGCGGUCACGGGACAGCAGGAGACGGAGACCGCAACACCACAACUGGUUCCUGCCCAGAGGAGAGGCAGCAAUGGAGACGCUGCCCCCCUUGCUCCGCUUGCCUCCCAGGAACCUAUUGACCAGCUAGACGGCGUUCAGGAGGGCAGUGAGGAAGAUGAGAACUCAGAUGAUGAGGAGGAGGAGAUACAGAUCACGUCCCGGUCCGACAGUCCCAGAGAUCUUCAAGAUAUUCCCGAGGAGAGCGAAUGUGGUCUAGAGGCGCGGGAAUCAGAAGAAAAUCCUGAGGACCCUCAGAGUUAACGUUCGCCCCAGAUCCUCAAAGCCGUGGAGGUGAUGCAAGGGCUGGACCUAGUCUCAACCGCCAUAUGAAAUAUCUAAAGGACUCUUGUCAGUGUAGCAAUGGCUUUAUGCAUUCUGGAACCAUGUAUGUUAUAUAUCUUACUAUGAUAUUGAAUAAUUUAGUCAACAUGUGUUUUGGUUUGUAAUUAAUUAACACUUUAUUUCUAGUUGUCUAAAAGCAGACUUCCGUUGUAUUCCAUGAGGUUAUCUCUUUCAUCAUUCUCCCCAUAGACUGUAUAUAUAGUUCUAUAUAUACAGUCUAUGAUUCUCCCUUAGUAAAGAGGGGUAUAUUUUACUUUGGGGAAGAGUUUGGGAAAAUUUUCCCAUCCACCUCUAUCUGAUGAAAAUGUAUACCUUACAUAUCAAAAAGAAAACAUCAUGACUUUAAGGUCCUCUUUAUGUCAGCAUUAUAGUGUUUUAAUGUGAACAGGCAACACCUCUUCCAGGGUGGGCUUUGACCUGUAAGCGGUGGACAGGAGUAAAGGUUUAUGCUGCAGCGGUCUGUAUUUAAAUGCUGAUAUCAUGUGUGGGCCUCUUCUGGCACCAGCUUCUCUUAACCACAAACACUUGAAAACAAUUCCUGUGCUUUUUCAGUGACCAAAAUAUUUCAGUUAUUUUUUAUCUGAAGAGAGGGUCAUUGAAGGGACAAUGACUUUUGGUUUUCACUGAAGGAAAGACUUGCUAAAGACAAACCAAAGUCAAUUGCCAUGUUUUCAACAGCGGAAAAAAAAGCAAUGGAGUCAUUUCACAAGGAAAACUUGAUAUGACCAACUUGACUGAACCCAGUGCACAGUAGAACUGCAGCACUGUUAUCAAACCUCUACAUAGUGGAAAAUAGUGUUGAAUCAAUGUAGCAAGUUGGCAUUUUUUUAAACCGUAUUUUUAAUUAUACUGUUCAUUUUUGAUGUGAGAAUCUGGUCUCUUCUACUAGAGAAACCAGUCUGCUGUCCUCCGUCUUAAAACCAGACCAAAUUUGUCAGAGGAUAAACAGAAUGUCCCUAAUUAAAUGUUCUGUCAAAUAUUGUUGACAUUGUUAUACUGGAAAUUUCUAGCUUAGAAAUUAUACAAUAGUAGUUUAUUUGUGAGUUCCUUCCUAUUACGGCACAAACACACAAAAAAAAUGAGAAACUACAGUAGUGUUUCCCACUCUAUAUUAUAUUAUAUAUACGUCUUUGUCUGUAUAAACAUUUGAAUUGUCAUGGGGAAAAAAAGAUUUUGUGGACUUUUUAAACUGUGAUGUAAUUUUAUUGUUUUUAUUUUUGUUUUUUUAUCUGACUUAAUAACUUUGCUCUUAUGUCUUGUUCAUAAAUAUUGCUUAAAUUA